CUUAAAUUAGCAGAAUCAGUCAAUGCAGUCACUUCAGCCAGAACUUCAGAAAUUUCAGCAGAAUCAGCCAAAACAACCGAUUUUCGUGCUACCAAACGGGCUCUAAACUUUGUCAAUUUAGAAUUCAAAAUUUCAAAUGGUCAAACUUCAAUAACUAUUCCUUCAAAAGAAUGACCAAAAUAAUACAAUGAGGCUUCCAAUUGACAAAAAUGAGACUAGAUUUCCGUAUGAACAAAAAACAGAUCAAAUAAAAAUUAAAAGACUAAAGUGCCCUCCAAGUAAUUCCCGUCCAAAUAAUGGUCUGUUUGGAUGGAGUGUUGGAAGGUGUUAGUAAUGGAAGUGUUAGUAAAAGUUGGCAGGAGCCCGAAAGGGGAGGUAAGUGUAAGUGUUGGACAUAAUCUUACCUUGUUUGAGGGAGUUAAAAAAAGAAGUGUUACUAAUGGAAGUGUUUACACUUAAAUUAACAAAAUUAUCCUUAUAUCUUUUAAAUUGUUACUACCUCCGUUCCUAAAAAUUCUUCCAAGUUUGAAUGACACGAUUAUUAAGAAAGUAGAAAUGUGUGGUUGUGGUUGUGUAAGAAAAAGGUAAAAUGAAUGUGAAUCAUAUAAAUUGUCCAAAUGGGGAAAUUGGGAACUAUUUUUUGUAACGGCCUAAAAAGGAAAGUGAGAAGUAUUUUUGGGAAAGGAUAGAGUAUUAAGUAUCCAUGAUUGCAUAAUACCAGUAGAUGAAAAAAUCAAAGAAGCCCCUGGACAUCUAGAACUCACAGGUCGCCAGGUCGGUCAUCUUCUCUAUUUUGCAACUUUUAACUAUUCGUACAUUUGAUAAUUAAAAUUGUGAUGAAAGAAAUCAAUAGCUGAGAUUGAUGCCACCAAAAAAUGAAACCCAUAUGUAUUUCAUAGAAAAGACCCAAAAUUUUACAACAGUCUGUGAAGAACUGGGGUUGACCUACCCCAUUCGAUAGUUGAAUAAGAUCAAUUUGUCCAGCUUUAUAUACGAAAUAUUAAAAUACUUCACAGUCCAAAAAAUAAUAGAGGAACUGUUAUCCCAAAUUUCAUAACCGUCCAUAGAAAAACCGAAAAAAAGAGAAGACAAAAAAGAGAGGACAAAUCUGAGAAGAAGAAGAAAAAUCGGCUCUCUGUCCGCUGCGGAUGAAGAAUGGGGAAGAACGUGGGGUAUAAAGUACUCCGUAUAAUUGAAUCUUACGCCCCGUUUGCAUUUAGUGUUAGGAAUGGAAGUGUUAGUAAGUAUUGGUAAUAAUACUUGUUUGGAAGAAAAUUUAAGAGGUGUUAAGAAGUGUUAGUAAAUGUUAGAAAGUGUUAAUAAUAAUAAUUUUCCCAAACACCUCAACUGUCCACUUUUAGAACAGUCUGAUUUGAAGUGUUUUGAGGUGUUGGACAAUUAUUACCCUUCUUAUUUAUCCUAAAAACAUAAAAUGCUUCGACAUUUCACUUUGAAUCUCUUUCCCGCAGGUCUCAUGAUCUAUCUUUUUCAUCUCUUCUCUUUACUCGUUUCUUUUGCCUCAAAGUAAAAUUAUUAAUAACUCCAUAAUUAACACUUCAUACAUUUGGCUCUCUCAAACAAGGUAAAAUUAUGUCCAACCCUUAUACUUCUCUUCCCUUCCAGACCCUUACUAACACUUACUAAUACUUCCAUUACUAACACCUCCAAACACUUCAUCCAAACAGGCCCUUAUUUUAGAAAUAAUAAGGGCAAAGGUUGUUAAAAAAAUGGUAAAUAUAAGUGUUAGGAAGGUUAUGAUUAACACCCUCAAACACUUACUAACACCUUUAAAAUCGUUUAAUUCUUCUCUCAAACAAGUGUUAAGAUAAACACUCCAUAACACUUCUUUUACUAACACCCCUUAACACUCAAUCCAAACAGGUCGUAAAAGCCCAACAACUCUGCAAUCGCUUCUUGAUCGGAUCGGAACUAUGCAUCUCUUCUUUCUCGUCUAAGUCUGGUUCUCCUCACAGCAAAGCGCCGUCGCACAGCUGCAUCACGCAUGCCACCACCUCGCGUCGCACACCAUUACGGUCACUGCACCGCCAUCCGUUGCUCCGCCGCUCUCUCUCAUGUGACGUCGUCGCCUUCGACGCUACCUUUGGCCGAUUUCUUUAUCUUCUCGUUCUGUUUGGUCGUAGGGAAGGUAAUAGGUGACUGAUAAUAAUAGUGUUCCAUUUAUGGUGUCUUAGGCUUCGUUGCGGCGGUUACAGUCUAGAUCUGAUCUGGAUGACUAGUGUUUGGGGCUAGAUCGGGCUGGGAUGGGGCUGGAGACGGAUGGAGGAUGGCUGGUUGGGCUGUUCGAAGCUAAGGAAGGGUAGAUCGGGGAUAGGGAGGGGGUGGAGAGGUGGCUGGGGAAGCUAUGGAGGGCGGUGGCCACAUGACGACAGUGGUGGCGGUCACCGGAAGAGGUGGGACGGAGGUCACUGGAGAGCGGCUGGGUUGGGCUGUUCGAAGUUGGGGAGGGGGAAUGGAGAGGUGGCUGGGGAAGCUAGGGAGGGGGCAGCCACAGGACGAUGGUGGGGGUGGUCACCGGAAGUGGUGGAGCAGAGGUCACUGGCCAGAGAAUGGAUAUGCUUGGUGGUCACCGGAGUCACUAUCGGUCGUGGUGACUAUGAAGGGUGGCGGCGGCGACUUGAUGGAGCAACAUUGCUUAUUGAGUGUGGAGACGGUGGUGAUAGGCAGUGGCGUUGGCGGUUUGAAAAAUUGUCACUACGGAUCGGUAACUGUGAUAGGCAACGACAAGUCACUAAUGAUUUUUUGUUAGUGACGGUUUUUUGGCCACUGACUGAAUUUUGUAAAUGUGUAUUUGUCACAUUCGAAGGAAGUCAUUGUGAUAUUGGUCUCAUUGGGCGAAGUAGGAGUAUGUGGGCCGGGGUCUCUGGGCCAUAUACUUCAUCAAAAGAAGUUUGGAAUAAGUGUUAGACUUAUUUAUCUAAUGACAUGCUUUAUAACUGAUGUAUUUAUAUUUUGCACACUUUUUAGAUUUAGUUUAUUGAUCAUUUUAGUUAUUAAAGUUGUAUUUUUGUACAUAUUUUUUUAUUAUUUGUUGUUAGUUUGUUUAGUGCGGUCCUAUACGUGUAUUUUAUAUUUUCAACAACUUUUGAUGCUAUUUGGAUCAUAUGUGCAUAAG